GACAUGGCGCCGGUAUCUCGGGGGAGGGGACCCAGAAGCUCGAGGAAGGGAGGGAAGGACGGCGCGGAGCCCGGCCGGGCGGGGCUUCUCACAGCAGGAGCACCCGCCGCAUGGGCCCCGGCCGGGGGUGCGGGGAGGCCGGGCAGCCACUCACGCCAGCCCGGGGAUGCGCCGCUCGGGCUAGGCCGCGCCGGCUCCGAGCGGCUCCGGACCGCACCCCCCCCCCGACCCCCGGCUGGGCUGUGCUGCCGUUCGGCCGGGCCAAGCUGCUCCGCCUACUCUCUGCCGCCACAGCAGCCCGCCUGCCUCGCUCCUCCCCUGCCCUCAGCCGCACUGCUCCGCGCCCGGCACACAGACAGCCACCGCCGGACCUGCUGCUCCCAACAUGGCCGCCACCACCGCCGGCCCUCGGCUCUUUCCGCCGUCAGGAGCCGGAAAAAUCCGAAGCGUCUAGGAACGGGAGGUGGGGGUGAGCCUUCUCUGGGCUACAGACCGGGGUGAAUUCCGGAAACAGCUGAAGAAUGAAA